GCCAUGAAGACCGAUGCGUCGAAGCAUUAUAUAUCCAUCCCCUGUUCUUCCCUGCCUUCUUCUCGCGAUCAUUGCGGUAUGGUUUUCCGCCGGAGCCAUCCCUCGAAGCUUCCUCCAGGACAUGCACCUCCAACAGAUGCAGAUCAGGUAUGGGAUUCACGUGUCACCUGUAAAUUAUUGGAGGUCUCCUGCCAGAUUCGGAUGCACUCGCUCAGCAAGUUAGAAUGGUUCUGGUCAGCAAUGUCAGAGACACGUAUAAUGGUUUAGGUUUUGAUGAGUGGAUCCAUGCCUAGUGUAGCAGAUUAAAUUGUUCGAGCUAUAAAUCCACCGAUUAGGAAACAGAUGCGGCACCAGACUGAUAAUGUUGGCCAGGAUCAUCUUCUUUGCAGCGGUCUCAGCAGCGACCUUAGCUGUUAUCCUCCUGCCAUUGCUCUCGCCUGUGCCGAGGAAAUCAGAGAAGAGGCAAACAGGGCCACGGCUGGCCCUCUCCCUCUACGUUCAUCCCCCCGGCCCCGGCCGUCCCCAUCAGCAGGCAGGCCUGCAUGGGCACAGCGCUUUCGUCUUCCGUCACGACCUCAGGGAGGGACCAGAGAACACGUCCCGGGUCAUCGGCGGGGCGCGGGGCAUCGUGCUACUUCCCGGUCGACAGCUUGAGCUAUCCGCGUUCAAUAUCGUGCACCUCGCCCUCGACACGGCGGCGUAUUCGGGGAGCCUCAGCGUGGAGGCGAGGCAGGUGGGGCGCAGGGGGAGGGAGGAGCUCGCGGUGGUGGGAGGAACCGGGUCCUUCGCCUUUGCCCGAGGCCAUGCGGCAUUUACCGUGACCAGGGAGAGGCGGCGAUCGGAUGCCGACGCCAUCUACCGCUUGGAUCUGCGGCUGAUGCUCCCUGAGGAGUCUCCCACCAUUCCUGGAUGACGAAAGGGAUGAUGAAGCGGCCAUGUUCAUCAGAGUUUGCUUGCAUACAGAGACGGACUCUAAUUCUCCUUCUGCAUCAGUUUUGUAGGCUCGCUAAUUGUUCCUGCAAUAGAACAACUACGAUAAGAUUUGUAUUCUGGAAUCAAAGGGAGGUUGAUCUCAAAGUUGAGAUGUACGUCCUCUAUGAUACAAUAACUGAGGAUCGAUAUGUUUCUUC